AUGCCUGCCAAAAAUCGUUUGCGAUUGGUUGUCUGGUUGGAAAAGUUCGGAAGUUGUUCUGAAGACGAGGAACGGCUAGUUCGUGACCUUUUUAGGGGUUAUAACAAGCUUAUUCGACCCGUACAGAAUAUGACGGAAAAAGUGGACGUUAGAUUUGGUCUAGCCUUCGUUCAACUCAUCAACGUCAACGAGAAAAAUCAAAUUAUGAAAUCAAACGUCUGGUUGAGAUUGGUAUGGAAUGAUUACCAACUUCAAUGGGAUGAGGCUGACUAUGGAGGAAUUGCUGUACUCAGGUUACCACCUGACAAAGUCUGGAAACCAGACAUAGUUUUAUUUAAUAAUGCCGAUGGCAACUACGAAGUUAGAUAUAAAUCUAAUGUUUUAAUUUAUCCUAAUGGUGAAGUCCUGUGGGUUCCGCCAGCAAUUUACCAGAGUUCUUGUACUAUAGAUGUAACAUAUUUCCCUUUCGAUCAACAAACGUGCAUUAUGAAAUUCGGGUCCUGGACAUUUAAUGGCGACCAGGUGUCACUAGCAUUAUACAAUAACAAAAAUUUCGUAGAUUUAUCGGAUUAUUGGAAAUCUGGAACGUGGGACAUUAUCGAAGUCCCAGCCUACCUCAAUAUAUACGAAGGAAAUCACCCAACUGAAACUGACAUCACUUUUUACAUAAUUAUUCGUCGAAAAACGUUAUUUUAUACCGUCAAUUUGAUACUCCCAACCGUUUUGAUUUCGUUUCUUUGCGUACUUGUGUUUUAUUUACCAGCCGAAGCAGGUGAAAAGGUUACACUGGGUAUUAGUAUUUUGCUAUCACUGGUUGUAUUCCUUUUGCUGGUAUCAAAAAUCCUGCCACCGACAUCGCUCGUAUUACCACUUAUUGCAAAAUAUCUUCUUUUCACUUUUAUAAUGAAUACCGUUAGUAUUUUAGUAACAGUUGUUAUAAUCAAUUGGAAUUUCCGAGGUCCCCGAACACACAGGAUGCCUUCUUGGAUUAGGUCUGUGUUCCUUAACUACCUUCCUGCAAUGUUGCUUAUGAAAAGACCUCGCAAAACUAGAUUGCGCUGGAUGAUGGAGAUGCCAGGAAUGGGUGUACCUCCACAUCCAUAUGGGUCACCUACGGAUAUCCCAAAAAAUAUAAGCUCUAUCGAGUCCCAAAGUAAAGUGGAGGUAAUGGAGUUGUCUGACUUACACCACCACCCCAACUGUAAGAUCAAUAGAAAACCAAAUGCCGCUGAUCUCGGAGUGGGAGUUGGAGGAGAUAGCUGUAGAAGGGAGAGCGAGAGUUCCGAUUCUAUUCUACUGUCUCCUGAAGCAUCGAAAGCUACAGAAGCUGUAGAAUUCAUAGCAGAACAUUUACGCAACGAGGAUUUAUAUAUACAGACUCGAGAAGACUGGAAAUAUGUGGCGAUGGUGAUAGACAGACUUCAACUGUACAUGUUUUUUAUAGUUACUACAGCAGGAACUGUAGGUAUCCUAAUGGAUGCUCCUCAUAUCUUCGAGUACGUUGAUCAAGAUAGAAUAAUAGAAAUAUACCGUGGUAAAUAA